GGAUCAUGUGGGUUCGAUUACUUUGUAAGAUUUUACAAAACAGUGAGAUAUUCUUGUCGGAACAAAGGAAUAAAUUGUAAGAUCGGAAGCAAGGUGGUAAUCCAAUCUCUUUAUGCAGAAAAGGUGAGUAUGGAUGGGUUCCACAGGGGUUUGUUUGGGAUAAUAAUUCUAUAAAAAGCAAAGAGGGUAUGAAAUAUGUGAAACAAUCCUGAAAUGGGAGGGAAGAAAAGUUCCAGGGGUGAGGAAACAUGGACGAAAUUAUUUGUAGGCAUAAAUUAGAAACCGAGGGAGGAAAACCAGGAGAUCAAAAUGCCAACUACUCUAACAAAUGCCUUCUUCACUCUCUCGUCUUUAAAUCAAACCACGUUUUCUUCCUCCAUUUAUUUUCCAUUCCCUAUACCAAUUAAUAUAAAUAAAAUCACAAAAAGAAGACAAAAGUCACUGUGUAUCUUUUCCUGUGACCUGGAAGGAGAGAGAGAGAAUCAUGAAGCAGCAUUUACCAGUUAAAUGCAAGCUUGUGGAUUCAGAUUCAGACACGACUAAGUUGGGGUUUGGAAGCUAUGAGCAGCAGCAGCCCCUUUGCCCUAAACCUCGCCGCGUUGGACCUCCCAUUCCCGAGUUUCUCAAGCCCCUCAAAUGUACCAAGCACAGCCUACAGAAUACCGAUGUGAGAAGUGGAGUUCUGAACAUGAUUGAUGACAAGAAAAACGAUGGAGCAUGCGCGGGGUGUUGGCCGAGCUGUUACGCAGGGUCACCGCCGGGAAGAACAGGCAAUCCGUUGGUUCACGACGUCCACUUCGUUCAUCAAAUGGAGCUUCUCUCGCCCUUCACCAGAACCAAUCUUUCAGACAAAUUUGGCAUCCACUCCGCCUCUCCUGCUUGAUAUUGCACCACCCUUUUUCAUGGGUAUCUCUUGCACUGGA